CUAACCUAUCGAUAAACCCAUACAAACAAGACGUCGUCAUUCGUUGGAAUUCCAACAAAUAGUUAAAAUAGUUAAGUUCUCCUUUUGUUUAACAGCCAACGAGUUAGCCAGUGACGCUUGCCUGGAUUUCGGAGCAAGUCAGCCAGCAUAAAUCACCAUGGCAGCCGGAACCACACUACAGAAGGCCAUCGAUCUGGUGACCAAGGCCACCGAGGAGGAUCGCAACAAAAACUACGCGGAGGCACUGCGUCUCUACGAGCACGGCGUCGAGUACUUCCUGCACACCAUCAAAUAUGAGGCGCAGGGCGAGAAGGCCAAGGACUCGAUACGAGCCAAGUGCCUGCAGUAUUUGGACCGCGCCGAGAAGCUGAAGGAGUACCUGAAGAAGGGCAAGAAGAAACCGCUCAAGGAGGGCGGCGAGUCGAGUGCCAAGGACGACAAGGACAAGAAGAGCGACAGCGACGACGAGGAUGGCGAUGAUCCGGAAAAGAAGAAGCUGCAGAGCAAGCUGGAGGAUGCCAUUGUGAUCGAGAAGCCCAAGGUUCAGUGGUCCGAUGUCGCGGGCCUCGAGGGCGCCAAGGAAGCGCUGAAGGAGGCCGUCAUUCUGCCGAUUAAAUUCCCGCAGCUCUUCACCGGCAAGCGUAUUCCAUGGAAGGGCAUCCUGCUCUUCGGACCGCCCGGCACGGGUAAAUCGUAUCUGGCCAAGGCCGUCGCCACCGAGGCCAAUCGCUCCACAUUCUUCUCGGUUUCCAGCUCGGAUCUGAUGUCCAAAUGGCUGGGCGAGUCCGAGAAGCUGGUCAAGAAUCUCUUCGAGCUGGCCCGCCAGCACAAGCCGUCGAUCAUCUUCAUUGACGAAAUCGAUUCGAUGUGCUCGGCGCGUUCGGACAAUGAGAACGACAGCGUAAGGCGCAUCAAAACGGAGUUCCUUGUGCAGAUGCAGGGCGUGGGCAAUGACACCGACGGCAUACUCGUUCUGGGCGCCACCAACAUACCCUGGGUACUGGACUCGGCCAUCCGUCGGCGAUUCGAGAAGCGCAUCUACAUUCCGCUGCCGGAGGCGCACGCUCGCCUCGUCAUGUUCAAGAUCCAUUUGGGCAACACCACGCACGUGCUCACGGAGCAGGAUCUCAAGGAGUUGGCCGGCAAAACAGAGGGCUACUCUGGCGCGGAUAUAUCGAUCGUGGUGCGCGACGCCCUGAUGGAACCUGUGCGCAAGGUGCAGACCGCGACGCAUUUCAAGCGCGUAACCGGUCCCAGUCCCACCAACAGCGAAGAGAUUGUCAACGACCUGCUCGUUCCCUGCUCGCCGGGCGAUCCGGGAGCCGUCGAGAUGAACUGGAUGGAUGUGCCCAGCGACAAGCUCUUCGAACCGCCCGUUACCAUGCGCGACAUGCUGAAGUCCUUGUCGCGCACGAAACCCACUGUCAACGAGGACGAUCUGAAGAAGCUGCGCAAAUUCACAGAGGACUUUGGCCAGGAGGGCUAGAUCACCGAUCCCCGAUGCCCGAUCCCCGCCAGAAGCCGCCAGCACCACCAGCUAAUUCUAAUUGUUGCCUAUUGCAUAAAUUCAAACACGUUUUACUUCUGGCUCUCCUUAAACCAUUCUUUUUUUUAUUAUUUUAUAUAUAUAAUAUGAUAUGUAAACCUA